GGCUCCUCACUUACAAAUAAAAGUGUGGCCCCUUCAACUUAAACUCUGGGUCGCCACUGUCUAUAUAUAUGAUCUUUAUAUCUGGUAAAAAUUAAGGAAUUCUAAUCAAUAAUUAUUUUAGUACGUAAUUAUAUGGAUUGUUCAAUAUACUUAUCGCCAAAUGCUAUCAUCUGUGGCAUAGUAGUGUUUAUUUGGUAUUAUUUUUGGAGAGUUAGAAAGUGGAGAGAGGUGAAAACAAUAGCGCCCGAAGCUUGCGGAGGUUGGCCUAUAUUUGGUCAUCUUCACAUGCUGAGGGGACCAACACCAACCCACAUAACAUUGGGAGCCAUGGCUGACCGAUACGGACCAGUGUUCAGAGUCAGGCUGGGCUCCCAACAAGGUUUGGUGGUGAGUAAUUCGGAGAUAGCCAAAGAGUGUUUCACCACAAACGACUUGAAGAUAGCCUCACGUCCAAGUCUGCUAGUGGCCGAGCACAUCGGCUAUGACUACGCCAUGUUUGUUUUCGCACCUCACGGAGCUUUCUGGCGUGAGAUUCGCAAGAUAGCUACUGUGGAGUUGCUUUCCAACCGCAGGCUUGAGCUACUUAAACAUAUUCGCCACUCCGAAGUAGCAACUUUCUUGAAAGAGCUACACAAACACUGGGCGGCCAAAAGCCAAAACGAUGUAGUUUUGGUGGAAUUGAAGCAGUGGGUUUGGGACUUGACUCUCAAUGUUCUUCUUAGAAUGGUUGUUGGGAGGCGAUACACUUCGGGUAAUAAUAAUAAUAAUAAGAUACAAAAGGCAAUAGAGAAUUUUUUCAAUAUUUUUGGUGCUAUUGUUCCUGGUGAUGUCAUUCCAUAUAUCAAGUGGUUGGAUUUAGGUGGCUAUGAAAAGUCCAUGAAGAAAACCGCCAAGGAAGUAGAUUAUAUAUUCAGUGAAUGGCUGGACGAUCAUAAGCAGAAGAAGAGUGAUCAAAAAAACGACCAAGCUGAUUUCAUGGAUGUCAUGCUUUGCUUGCUUCAUGGUACAGAUCUUGGUGGCUAUGAUGCUGAUACAAUUAACAAGGCCACGUGUUUGAAUUUGAUCGCAGGUGGUAGCGACACCACUACAGGAACAGUAGUAUGGGCAAUAUCUCUACUAAUGAACAACCGCCACGUGUUGAGGAAGGCCCAGGAAGAAAUUGACAGCCACGUGGGCAAGGAUAGAGUUGUAAACGACACUGAUAUCGCUCAUCUCGCCUACUUACAAGCUAUAGUGAAAGAAACGCUGCGCUUAUACCCCGUAGCACCGCUGGCUGGUCCACGUGUCUUCACAGAGGACUGCACCGUUGGUGGUUACCACGUGAGUAAGGGAACUCGUUUGAUCGCCAAUCUGUGGAAGAUUCAAACCGAUCCAAAUGCGUGGGCUGAGCCGUUAGAGUUCAAGCCAGAGAGGUUUUUGAGUACCAACAAAGAUGUGGAGAUGAAGGAUCAGCAUUUUGAGUUGAUCCCAUUUGGGAGCGGUAGAAGAGCUUGUCCUGGUACGGUUUUCGCACUACAAAUGGUUCAUUUAGCAGUGGCUGCUUUCGUCCAUGCCUUCGAUAUCACGACACCCUCAAAUCUUCCAAUUGAUAUGACCGAAAGCAUUAAUGGACUUGUCAAUGUCAAAGUCACUCCACUUGAGUUGCUCAUCAAACCCCGCCUUCCUCAUCACCUCUAUUAAUUUAAUUAAUUAAUUAAUAAUGUUCAUAUGUGUACGUACCUUGAAAGAGUUUAUUUGUGCUUCAUUUGGUGAUACUAGCUACUCUAUUAUAUAUAUAAUUCAGAAUAAUGUAAUUAAGAUGAAAUGGGUACCUACAUGUGCUAGCUAUAGCUAUUAUUGUCAGUUUGUAUUUAGUGAGAGAUAAAUAUAGCUAAGCUCACACUUAUUCUUAUAAUUGAUCAAA